GGCCGAUCCAGCCGCAGCCCCAGAGAAUGAAUGAAAUUGAAAUUGCUGCUAUAUUACAUGUACAAUACCGGGGAUCUGCAGUCUUACAUUGUAUCAUUCUAUAUCAAAAUGGCCACAGUGGUCCAAAAUCCUCUGAAAUCACAAUCAAGUGGAACUGUCAUAAAGAACAGCCUUGGUGAGGAGUUUUACCGUGAUGCCAUUGAGCACUGCCGCAGUUAUAAUGCUCGACUUUGUGCUGAACGCUCCAUGCGCCUGCCUUUUCUCGACUCCCAAACAGGCGUAGCGCAGAGUAACUGCUACAUAUGGAUGGAGAAGACCCAUCGUGGGCCAGGUGUGGCUCCAGGGCAGCUCUAUACCUAUCCUGCACGCUGCUGGAGAAAGAAGAGACGGUUAAACAUCUUAGAGGAUCCACGUCUUGGACCCAUCGAGUUUAAAAUCGACUACGAAGCAGCACUAAAGAAGGAAGGGGGUGUUCCUGAGGGUCCCGUUCUGGAGUCACUCCUCAGUGGAGAACUGCUGGAUAAGAAGGUUGAAACAAAAGAGGAGGAGCCCAUGAGUGAAUGCCAGAAGCUGUUGGUGGGAGAGUUUCCUCACGAGCUGGACAUGGAUGAGAUGGAGGAGGAUGUUCCCAAACGCAAGAAUCGCACCAAAGGACGGGCAUGUGGUGUCGGUGGGAUGAGAAAGAGACAGGAACCAGCAUCCCUAGAGGAUCGAGACAAGCCAUAUGUGUGUGACAUUUGUGGAAAGCGCUACAAGAACCGUCCAGGUUUGAGUUACCAUUACACUCACACACACCUGGCAGACGAAGAGGGUGAGGAAGACUCUGAACGGCACACACUGCCCUUCCAGCGCAAGAACAACCACAAACCCAAAAAAGCAGCCGAUGGUUCUGUCAUCCCGAACGGCUACUGUGACUUCUGUCUAGGAGGCUCUAAGAAAACAGGCUGUCCUGAAGAUCUCAUUUCCUGUGCGGACUGCGGCCGAUCAGGUCAUCCGUCGUGCCUGCAGUUCACGGUCAACAUGACGGCGGCGGUGAGGACCUACCGCUGGCAGUGCAUCGAGUGCAAAUCCUGCAGCCUGUGUGGAACAUCAGAGAAUGAUGAUCAGCUUUUAUUCUGUGAUGAUUGUGACAGAGGGUAUCACAUGUAUUGUCUAAGCCCCCCUAUGUCGGAGCCUCCGGAGGGGAGCUGGAGUUGCCAUCUGUGUCUGCGCCAGCUAAAGGAAAAAGCGUCCGCCUACAUCACACUAACCUAAUCUCCGUGCCCUACCUCACCCUAGCAGUCUCAUCCUACUCUAUCCCAUCAUCAAAUCCAAAGAGACUCCCCCAACAUCCACCAGAAGAGAACAUGUUUUAUCUGCCCAUUGCCUGUAUGGUGACUGCAAGGAAAACGUAGGGUGCGACUAACAUUUUUGUAUGUCAAUUGGGACUCAAGCAGACCUUUCCUUAACAGUCCCCCAAAGAGUUGUAUCCUUCAUGGAUCAGAGAGGUCUACUUCUUGCCUGGCUCGAUCUUAUGGUGGUUAAACCAGUAGUGCCAAACGGUUUGUCACUGAGGAGACAUUUUACUCGAGUCUAAGGGGGCGUGUCAGUGGGAGGAGUCUCUGUGAUAUUAGAUGACGCACCUACUGCAGUUGAGAUAAGUGCCACAUGAUCUCACUGCAGCUUUUGGUUGGUUUAGCUCUGGUGAGAGAUGAUAUCAGUGUGCCAUUGAUUUUUAGCAGUAUAUUCUUCAGGAGCAGACACCAGCACAUAAUGAGAUCAUGUUUAGUCAUUCAAUUUGGCCUUAUUCUAGUUAUAAUUAGACUUCAGGUGUAGAGAUGAAUAAAAUCUUCAAUAAUUAAAGGUGCUGUAUGUAAGUUUUUGACUCUACUAAAGCAUAGAAAUACCAUAAUAUGUUUGCAGAUAUUUAAGAAACAUGCAAGUUAACAUACUUGUUUAUUUGAAAAACAAUGCUACAGUCAGUUAUUCUCCUUUGAAAAUGUGUGUUCCGGGCCAGAACGUCGGUCUCUGUUUUGGUUUGGGUUUGAAACCUGCCCACUGCCAGUUUACCCAAUUAUAUUUCAGCACCCUGGGUUGCAAAUUGGUGGAAAACACAGCGUAUUUCAUUUCAUUCCAUUCAUUGUCAAGUGCGCUUGUUCCUGUUUGUGUCGUCAAUCUGGCAACCUGCGUGUGCGUCAAGUCUGAGGAGGAGGGGCCGGGUGAAAAAAACCCCCUUUCCAAUAUUUUUGAUUUGGACUGCAAUACGUAGUUCAACCACUCGUGUCAAUCCUACAUACAGCACCUUUAAUAUCCCUUGAAGGUACAACUUAUUGGUUCUUUCAACACAAAUCAGUAUUAAAAGGAAUACUCCUGGUUUGGUAUAAGUUACUCUACAACACUUGUUGAAUAAUGUUGAUUACCACAAAACUUGUCAGUUGUUUUCUUUAAAAAAAUCCAAAACUAGGGAAAGGUUGCGAUCUGCAGGACCCAACACAAUCUUAUUUUCACCACAAUUCUCGAAAAAGUAUGAAUUGUGAGAUGAACAUUCCGUUGCAGCAAUAAGAUUACAUAAAUAUCAGUAUCGUUGCAAACACACCUGCUCUCAUCAUUCAAAACUCUUGUUUCAUUGGGUCCUGAAGAUCCCAUUCUCUACCAUGAUAAAAUAUAAAUGAAAAAAAAAAUGAUUCUAUAGAUAUGUGCAUAUUAAAUAAUAGUGGGGCAAAACAUAAUUAUCUAGUUAAUCCAUAUUUUUUCAGUUUUUAACAGGAACAACAACAACAACCAAAAAUGAUUUACAGGUGCAGCGUUUGACAUUUUCAGUAUUUUUCACUGUAUGCGACAGCGUACAUCCCUUUUACCUGCUGCGACAAUUGCAACAAGCACUUGAGAUCUAAAGCGCUGUGUGUGGGGGGAAAAAUAGGCUAUGACAGUGGAACGAGACUGAAAAAUCUGUGUAGACCUCUUACUGCAGGCAUUUGCGGACAUAAGCAGGAAAAAACGUGAGGGCUGUAGGCGUGAACAGGACAAAAUAAAACAUCUUUCUGAGGGAGCAGGAUUGAACAAUCCAUCCCCACUCAGACCUCUACAGUUUACAAGCACUUAAUUUCGCACUCGAAAUGAAUCUACCCGAAUUCAGAUUCUAAAAAGAUCUGUUUAUAUGAACCUUAAACGUUACAAUCCAGUUCACAUAUGUGUUUGCAUGCACAUUAUAUACAUUCCAAACUAAAAUUCAGUGCAUACGUGGGGCUCAGUUGCUGCGUAUGAGAAAGCCACUGCGAUAAUGACAUUUCAAUACGAUUGAAAUUUCAUUUGGAUCAAGCUCAGUCAGAUUGAUUGAAUAAUGCAUUUCAGUCUUAUUGAGCAUACUGUCCGAUUUUAAACAGAUUAUUUGAGUGCAUUUAAAUGUAACUAGUGAAGAACUUACAAUGAAUGUGAAUGAGGCCAGUCUGUAUUAAAAUACUCAGUUUUAAAAAGAUAUAGCCACAAACACAAACAGUAUGAAUGUUAACAAAUUUUUUGUUAGUUUUUUUGUAAAUGCCCAACUUUGUUGCCAUGACAGAAUUAGCCUAAAACAACCAUUAAAAUUAGAACAGCCGUUUUAACAACAACAAUAGUAAUAAUAAUGUAAGAGCUUUUACAACAUUAUAAGCUAAUAAAAGCUUACACAAAAGCACUUAAAUACAUUUUUCACCAUUCUCCAAAAAUUGGCCCAAUUCACUUUCAUUAUAUAUGCCUUAUCAUUCUUGCAAAAAACAAAGGACAAGUACAACUGACUUUUUUUUUGUGGUCAUCAACUUUACUUGUAUUGAAUCUGGAAAAUUCUAGAACAUCAGUCAUAUACUUUUAGGGAAGUCUUAAUGCUGCAACCUGUUUUCAUGCAUAGAUAGAUCCCUUUAUUAAGAAAGUCCAAGGUGCAUGUCUAUCAACCAGAAUUAAAUUUGCUCUGUUUGCAAAAAGAAAAGUAAGAAAAGUAGAUUUCAAAAAUCUGCUGAUUUAUUCUGUACUUCCAACAUGAUCCCUGCCUCCUCUUCCUAUUCUGAACAAGCCAACAUAAAAUUCCCUUUCAGCCAGGGUGCAUUUAUAAAAGUGUAUAUUUAUCGGGCAACGUCUGUCCUUGUUUUAAAAACAGGGCGUUAAAUGUUCGAUUGUUCUCUUUUUUAUGAUGACUUGCUUGCAUGUUGUAAUAGUAUCGUUUUUAAAUAAUUUAAGGACAAAAAAUCGAAGAAAGCACACUUAAUCUGCAAUAAUGUUUUUGUGUUCGUGACCCUCUCUGGGGAAGUUGCGUCUGUAUGUAUGUGCGCUUUAAAACUCUCGUGGAACUUUGAACCUGUAAACGGCAGAAUGCUAGUGGGCGGAGACUAAAGUAGGCGGAGUUUUCUGGGAAAAAGGGAGGAGUUUGUGAAAUUCUGACAUCUAUAGAUGCCAUCGAUUUUUAUUUCAUGGACAAACUGAAGACCAGCUUUGGAGACUCGUUAUUUUUCCCCUCUGUCUCUUUGGAGGGGCAUUUUUCCUUUUUUGUGACAAGAAAAUUGUGCGCCUCUUUUGUAGAAUGAGCUCUUUACUAUCUGUAAGUCUGCUUUGUGUUCUGAGACUUGCUACUGCAGCCUGCUUAAAAGAAGAAAAAAAUGUCAAGAUAAAUCCAGAGGAGUGUUUUCGGGGAUGGCAGCAUGUGUGCGUGUGUGCGAUUGUGCUGAGGUGACUGUUUUGAACCCAAAAGUCCCCUCUUAUCUGUGGCCUAACUGAAAAGACUGCCUGCCAUUUUCUCUGCACCAAGUCCUUGAGCUUUAAGUUGCGAGACGUUUGCUGUAAAUAGAUAAGUGCUCUGUCUUUCCAGAAACAGUCCAUGUUAUAGACUCAAGUGAAAUGUUCCAUGUGCUGUAAUGCAUCAAAAUGUGAAAACAGAAUUUUCUACGCUGUCAGUGGAAUAUUAAUCCAUGUCAUUGGGCUAUUUCUAUUUUUGUAUAAUUUUCCAGUUACUGGUUUUAAUGAGCACUACACCAUUUCCAACUCUGACGCCAGAUAUGUAAAUCUUUUCAAUUAUUUUUUAAAAGAGUUGUAGAAAUGUUUCGUUUUCAGUAGAAAUAGUCUUGAUUUCACAUUUUGAUAUAUCAACUUCUCUGUUCAGCCAACCCCUCAUUGUUCUUUUUUUUUGACUUGUGACUAUUUUGCACAGUCUGUGUGAUUUUACUGGAUGAGGGCACUAUUGAAGCGUUUUGUUCAUAAGCAAUUACACCCAAGAUGAAAUUAUAGAGACAUUUUGCAUGCGCUGAUAUUGAUAACACAAUAAUUACACAUGGAAUGUGUUGAUUCUUUCUCUCUCAGUUCCUGAAGCCAAAACACUGAGGCUCUGUGGUGUUUUCAAAACAUUGCUAUGUUUGCUUGAGUGGCCCAGCAUAGCAACACUGGCUCAACCAAUAGCAAGAGUUUGGAGGCGGAGCUGUCUGUAUGGGUGACCAAUGGCAGAUGGAAGGGCUUGUAAGAAUGUUUUAAAAACCUGUCAAUUUUGCCAUUCUGUUCGGUGCCGGUUGUGGCACAGAAAUUAGACUUUUUUCAACAGCAUUAAGUGGAAAAAAAUAUAUAUAUUAUGAUUUGUCUGCCUUGGUGAGAUUUUUGGUUAGAACCUAACCUUCAAGUUCUGUUGUAUUAUCAAACGAUCGUAAAGCUGAAAGAGAGGCUGUGAUUGGUUUGUAUCAUGUGUUAGUUCGCAGGCCUUUUGAUGAGGGGCGGCGUCAUAAUGAUGUGAUUGUUUUCUUAGUAAUGUGAGAGUAUGAGUGGCAUUGUGUGGGUUGAGGGAUUAUGGGUAUUUAAUGCUUAACCAGAUUAUAAAAAAGGUAAGCGACUAAGUUACAUUUCCAUUUCAACAUGGACUAUGUGGUCCUCUGUCCAUCUUUCGUUUGAGAUCUGUGAUCUUUUUGUCUUUAAUCUGUCUCGCUGAUUUCGCAGGGUCUUCUCUACCUGUGUAUUGUUGUGCUGUGAUUUUCGCUUGCAGUUUUCUUUAUUCCCCCACACACGCACACACACACACACAAAAGAAACUCUUGUGCGAGAGGAUGCGUGAGUGUUUUCCUUUCUUGUAACUGUCCAUAGAAAAAUAAAACAGACGUAUGGAGAAAAGAAGCGUGUUCUGACUCAGGACUGAGUUGUACAUUUGUGCUCCUCGUGGAACUGAGCGGCUGAUGACUGCUGCUCGGCGAUCCAUUUUAAAGAAUGUCCUUUCUUUUAUUUCUGUCCAUUUUGACAAGCAGGAAAUAAAAAAAAGUACCAUUA